AUGCGACACAGUGCACUCGCUGGCUCCUUCGCUGCUCUUGCCGGUCUGUUAGGCAAACUCGGUGCGGACAGCGACUCGAGGGCAUUGCGCUUCGUUGAAACGCAGUGUCUAUCCUCGUCUCUAUCCGACUCGUGCGCUCUAUUGAGUUUUACGGCGCGUCUGUUGUGUCUGGCGCUAAUGCUCAGCGCGAAUGGGCUCAUGCUCCGAUGCUUUAUGAAAGGGCUGCACGAGACCGACUCUCUCACGGCCACAGUCACGAGCGCUGCAGUAAAUUUCGUGCUCGCAGCCGCUGGCGGGUCGUUGUUUUUCCAGGAACAUCUGUCAAUGCGCUGGUUCAUCGGAGCUUUCAUGGUGCUAUCAGGAAUAGCGUUGCUACUGUAUGGGGAGAGAAGCGACGACAGACACAAGAAGACCAAGCGGGAAUAG